AUGCAGAGGCAAUGGGAAGAUGAAAUCGUUCAAUACCUGGACAAGUGCUCCGUGUCUCAGUAUGCGACACCGUAUUUGACGUGCUGCGUGUGCAAUUGCAUAAACUUCAUCGACGUACCGAGCAUCCGCGGCCUCCAGAGCAGGGCCAAGGGGGGCUCGUCCGUGUUCGAGUCGCUGCCCCCGUGUUGUGGAUGUGGUCGCACGCGGCAUUUGCGCACGGGGGCCACGAGUUUCCAUGCCGAGAUCGCACUGGAGACCCAGGCGGUGGAGGACUUUCAAAAGAAGCGCGUGCCUGCCGCCAUCGACAUGCAGCGCGUCGUGCGCGGACGACUCGGGCGUCUUGAGGCGAAGCGCCGCCGCCUAGAGAGAGAGCGCUAUGCUCGAAAGAUCUUCAACGCCGCCGCAUGCAUCCAAAAACGAGUGCGUGGCAUCCAAGCGCGCACAAGGAGCGACAUCGAAAGAUGCAUAUUUAUCAUUGUGAACGCCCACCCGCUCGUUUACGCGUACGCCACAACCACGACGACCUCCACCACCUCCUCCUCAAGCAGCCAGCAGCCACCCCCCGUCGUCGAAACCGUGUUUUGGUACGACAGUGCCGAAGAGUUUGGCGUGUUUUGCUGGGACUACAGGGAGUUUGUUCGUCGCACGGGGGGACGGCCACCUCUGUGGCGGGUCGAAGCCAACGUCCGCGAAGUGACGAGGCGCAUCUUGAAUCGAGAAUAUGUGCUUGUGACGCGCCUUCAAGCGCGGUGGCGAGGCAUCACCGCGCGCAGCUCUAUCUACGAGCUAAAAAAACAAGUUGGAUGGCUGCGCAGUUUGCGUCACUCCCCCGCCAUCCGAAUCCAGCGCCAGCUUCGCACCCAUCAGUGCCGUCGGCGGUGCAAACGAUUGCGCCGGGAUGUCGGCCGCGACGUCCGCAUGUCCGACUAUGCGACUCUCCACCAACAACGACAGCAAGCGGAAACCAAGCGGUACUUGCAGCAGACCCUUAUGACAAAGUAUCGACACCACUUUCAACACACGAGCGCCGUCAAGUUGUUGGGGGGGACUGUUGAGCCGUUCCAAGCAGCGACCCCCGAAUCUCAACCCACGCCCCAAGCCGGUUCAUGCGUGCCAAACAAAAGCUAGACGUUGCCGCCAGUCGAAAACAGCGCCGCUCCCACUUCCCAGACAAACUCCGCGCGCAAGUUUACGACACGAGCGAGCACGAGAGGGUGGAGGGGUUGUAUUAAAAAUUAAUCAAGUUGCUUUUUGGAGCCCAUAGCGAGCAUUCCACUCGGUCAAGCGGCGGAGUGUGUCGGCGGACACACUGGGCGACACCCGGGCCAAUGCGUCGGUGAAAUCGGCUUUCGAAAUCGGCCGAAUGUCUUGCGCUCGUGCUUGCUUUAACCGAUCGCCCAAGCUCCGCAGCGGCCCCAUCGCAGCUUCCUUGCACAGGUUCAUGAUAUCACUCCCGGAAUACCUACACAUACAGUCAGGGCUCAUAAAGGCUCAAUAUGUCGACGACGG